CCUAAUCAGGCAGGAAAGAUAAGAAAGAGUGUUUAUUAAAACUGAAGGUCAUGUUAACAGUAGCUUGAGGUCCAUUGCUUUGGGAAGGUGUGUGGCGUUUAGCUGCAAUAAGAGGUGUCUGAGAGGUCAAGGAGAAGGUUGACCUCAUCAUGGCCGACCGGCGCAUGAAGGUCAUCUUUGGCCACCUGGGUCACAGGGGUCAUCAUGAUAUGAUGCCACGUCUCCUGUCAUCAGGAACAGCAAAUGUUGGCACCGACAGCAGCAGUAGCAGCUUGGAGUUCCAGUAUACCCUAGACAACCCCAGACUCACUGCGGCCCAGCGUGCCUUUUACGAGGAGAAUGGGUUCCUGGUCAUACCCAACCUUGUACCUCAUGACAAGCUUGACCAAUGGAAGGAACGCUUCAUUGACCUGGUGGAAGGACGUGUUGACACUGGCGGCAUGACUAAGAUGAAGGACAUCUCUCUGAAAGGCCUUAAGAAUGUCUCGGGUGAACUCAUUGUCAACAAGCUGCAGGACUUUGUGUGGGAUGAGGUGCUGUCAGAGCACUGCAUGUUGCCACAGAUCCUGGACUACGUGGAGUGCUUCACUGGCCCAGACAUCAUGGCCAUGCACACCAUGUUGAUUAACAAGCCCCCAGAUCCCGGCACGCGCACCUCCCGCCACCCACUGCACCAGGAUCUACACUACUUCCCCUUCAGGCCUGCUAACAGGAUAGUUUGCGCUUGGACAGCCAUGGAGAAAGUGGAUACCAAGAAUGGCUGCCUGUUUGUGCUGCCUGGCUCGCACAAGGGCAAAUUGGAGCAACACGACUACCCAGACUGGGAGAAAGGCGUGAAUAAGAUGUACCACGGAGUGCGAGGCUUUGAUGACGUUCCCAAGACAAUGUUAAGCAUGGAAAAGGGAGAUACUGUUUUCUUCCAUCCAAUUCUGCUGCAUGGAUCGGGAGACAAUGUCACCCAGCACUUCCGUAAGGCCAUUUCAUGCCACUAUGCAAGUUCUCACUGCCAGUACAUUGAUGUAAAGGGAACAACACAGGAAAACAUCGCCAAGGAAGUGGAAGAGAUUGCACUGAAGAGGGGUGUGUCUCUUGGUUUCAAGGAAAUCUGGAACUUACGGAGCCGUUGUGUACGAGGCGUAGAAGACUGCCUGUAGUAGAUGAAACAUCUUGUCUACUACUUUUGUUCUUUUCACUUUUGAAUUAUUUGACAGAGUAGAUAAAAUUUUCUUUAUCUAGGAAUUGGUUUGAAUCCUGAGUGCUUACGUAGUAGAUUACAUCAUCAAGAUGUAAUGCUAUAUGAAAAAGAUAGAUAUGUGAAAACUAUUGUGUAAAUAUGUAACUAAAUUUACAUACAUUUCUGGUAUGGUUCUAAUCCAGAGACAUGAUUAAUUCAA